ACUCCGGAAAGCCGCAACCCGACUUUCGUUUCUUCGGGGCCGGGCGGCAGCAGCGGGAGAAUGGCGGCGUUGACCAAAGCUCAGUCGGAGCCGAACCUGUUGGCGCUGGAGGAGGAGCUGACGUGCUCCAUCUGCCUCUGCAUCUUCAACGUCCCCGUGACGGUGCCGUGCGGGCACAACUUCUGCGCCUCCUGCCUGGAGCUCACCUGGACCGACCAGGUGCGGGACUUCAGCUGCCCGCAGUGCCGCACCACCUUCCCGGGCCGCCCGCAGCUCCGCAAGAACACGGUGCUGUGCCGGGUGGUGGAGCAGCUGCAGGGCUGCGGGGCCGGGGACGGGAGGGAGGACGAUGAGCGCGAGGAGGAAGAGCGGGAGGCGGCAGCCCCCAUCUACUGCGACAGCUGUAUGCAGGCGGCCGCCACGCACACCUGCCUCACCUGCAUGGCCUCCUUCUGCCCCGAGCACCUGCGGCCGCACCACGACAGCCCGGCCUUCCGCGACCACCAGCUGUGCCCGCCCGUGCGGGACCUGCAGCAGAGGAAGUGCCCGCAGCACAACAAGCUCUUUGAGUUCUUCUGCAGCCAGCACAGCUGCUGCAUCUGCUCGCUCUGCCUGCUGAGCCACAAGCUGUGCCACACCAACCCGCUGCAGCAGGCCAAAGACAAAGCCGAGUCAGCACUGAAGAAGAGGCUGGCAGAGCUGCACAAUCAGAGUGAAAGAUCUGUGCAAGCAAUGAACUCUGUGAAAACAAUCCGAAGUCAAGCUGCUGAGACAGCUGCCAGAAAGCGAGAUUUGCUGAGAGCUGAGUUUUUGGAAAUUAAAGCUUUAAUUGAAGAAAAAGAAAACCAGACCCUAAAAGUAGUUAUGGAAGAAGAAAAAAGAGUUUGCAAUAAGUUUGAUUACAUAUAUAAAAUUCUGGGAAAUAAGAAGAAUGAAAUUCAGUCUCUCACAGAGCAGAUUGAGAUGGCACUGACCGAAGGUGAUGAUAUUCUCUUUUUAAAGAGAGCAGCAGCACUGCAACGAACAUCAAUAAAAGAGGCUUUUGUCCCAGUAAUUGAAAUGAACCACGACAUGAUACAUGCUGCUUAUCAGUCUGCCAUUAACCUUAAAGACGUUGUCAAACUUGCAGUGAAUGUGCCCAUGGAUAAAAGAACGGAUGCAAAACUACCAGCUGGGAAAAUGAAGCCACUUUCAGUGCCUUCCCCAAACAAACCUGUUGUUAAAAAAAAGCUUGCUGCAGACUUGCGUACCCACAAAGAGAGAACCCCUCACUUAACUAAAAUCACUCUGCUGGAGGAGACAGAUACCCAGGACAAACAGAAUCCUGUUAAACUCGCACCAAAUAUGGGAGCACCAAAUGUGGGAGCACCAAGCACAGGAGCACCAAGCACAGGACCACCAAAUGCUGCAGCUGCUGCUAAAGUGAAAGAACUUAUUAGCAGCUUCCUGAAAAAAACCAGAGUGGAGCUUUUGCAGUAUGCUGCUAAUUUCACACUGGAUUUCAACACAGCUCACAACAGAGUGGCUCUGUCUGAGAGAUACACCAAGAUGUUCGUUUCAGACGUCCUACUGAAUUAUAACCACCACCCUCAGCGUUUCACUGACUGUCCCCAGGUGCUGGGGUUCCAAUGCUUCAAGAGAGGCAUCCACUACUGGGAAGUGGAACUGCAGCAGAACAACUUCUGUGGCAUUGGCAUCUGCUAUGGCAGCAUGGAGCGGCAGGGGCCGAACAGCCGCCUGGGUAGGAACAGCAGUUCUUGGUGUAUCGAGUGGCUUAAUUCCAAAAUUUCAGCCUGGCAUAACGAUGUUGAAAAGUACUUACCCAAUACAAAAGCUACUAAGAUCGGUGUGCUGCUCCACUAUGAUGGAGGGUUCGUGCUUUUCUUGACUGUUGAGGAAAAGCUUAACCUGAUCUAUAAAUUCAAAGCCCAGUUUACUGAAGCUGUGUACCCUGCCUUUUGGUUAUUUUCCAGUGGCACUGUUCUCUCUCUCUGCCAAAUGAAACCAUAAGGUCUGGUACCUUCAUGUAGUUUGCCUGGGUAAUGACAUACAGAUAAUCAUUCCUUGCAGCAUCUCAUCUUUGUAGCUAUAAAACGUAUGUUGAAUUCGUAAAUAUUUACUUGCUUGUCUUAAUCUAAGCAGUGUCAAAGAUUCUGGGUUGGUUUUUUUUUUUUUUUUGUUUGGUGG